AUGGCAGUCCUCACCCGCGGCGACGGAGCCCUCGUCCUCGACGUUGACGGACUGGCCUAUCUAUCCGACAAGUCCUGCUGUGGCAGUGCAUGUCAAUCAGCAAUCACUCGCACCUAUUCCGUCCGCAGGCACGUCAUUUUGGAGCCCACCGCGAGGGGAUUCAACAUAGAUUCUGGUGCCUCUCGCAGUCUGCGACACAACAAUCAUUCUGAGCUACGUCGCACGCUCCGUGAAGAGCUAGCUGUUGCUCUCAACGACCCCACAACUCUCUCUUUCGACGACGAACACCUUUUUGACAUUGUCCCCAGCGCCCUUGCACAACACAACAACCUCUCACCGCAUUCCCCGAGCUCUCCAACGCUAUCCUGGCUCUUUGAUUCGCCUCCAACACGCGUUCACCAUCCCCACUUCACAACACAAAUAUUCCUUCUCAAAAUAUGGCUACUCCCACUCCAUGCCAGCCAGAGGCGAUCGAAACGCCCCAGUCUUUGA